UCGGGCAACGGGCCGCAGCCAAUGGCGGCGCGGUGCGGAGGCUCGGGGCGUGGCCUCCCGGGGCGGGGCGGCAGCGCGCGGCCGGGGUGAUGGCGGCGCCGCCCGCCCUGCAGAUCCGCGAGGCCAACGCGCACCUGGCGGCCGUGCACCGGCGGGCGGCCGAGCUCGAGGGGCGCCUGGACGAGGCCGAACGCACGCUGCGCGCCCAGGCCGAGCGCCUGGCCCGCCACGACCAGCAGCUGCGCGCCAAGGACCGGGAGAUCGCCGCCCUCCAGGAGCAGCUGCUGACCUCGGAGGCCGCCGUGCACAGCCUGCAGGCCGCCGUGCGCCAGCGGGACGAGCUCAUCGGGCAGCUGCAGCCCCGCGCCCAGCUGCUGCAGGACAUGUGUCGCUGCCGGCCACCCUUGGCCGGGCUGCUGGCCGCACUGGCGGAGGCCGAGCGCCUGGGGCCCCUGCCGGCUGCUGACCCUGGGGGCCCUGGGCCGCCCCUGGCCAACAGCAGCAGCCGAGGGGAGGAGGGGGACAGCGAGCAGCUACAGCCUGAGGCCCUGGGGACCACGGUGUGAGCUCCGGGCACGGAUGUCAGAACUUGGAGGCUGCGCUGGGGCUGUCUGGACAUGGUGACCAGCACUUCUCAAACGGGGCGCUCAGACUGAAGGCACAGGCUUAACCCCAAGUUAAGAAAAACAAACCAACAACUCUUUUACCCACGGCUGUCUGGAACGGCAGCAACAUGCAGACUUGCCCUGGGCUCCAGGCUGGACCUGGCCCAGAUGGCUUGCUCCGCUGGCCCAUCCCUGCGAGGCUGCCCGCCCAGCCUAGACAUCCCUGUGGGGGGCUG